GGAAUGAUCAUACUUAGAAUCUCUCCCUAUCAUUGAGUUAUUGAAACUAAUUUGUAAUAACAUCAUAGUUUUUAUUGAGAGAUCUCGUAUUCGAAUAAUUUAAAAUACACAGUAUUGAAAUUUCGUGCAAAGUAGAAGGCAGCUGAAGCCUGAAAGGAACCCGAAUACCCAAAAAAAAAAAAAAAUUCAUAAAAUCAAGUCGUUGACCCUCACCACCAAAAUCCCCUCCCUCCAAUUCCAAGCUUUCUCCCCAACAGCGGCCCCUACGCCGCUGCCCUUGCUCUCUCUCUUCUUCUCGUGCUCUAUUAAAAAGCCAACGCACACUUAGCUCACGCCUACAAACAAACUCCUCUCCCCCCUUCCUCUUCCUCCAGCACAAGAAACAAAAACCAGAGCCUCCAUAUAUCAUCACCUCUCCUCGUCACAAAACAGAGAGAACCCAAAAAAAAAACAGAGAGAAACAGAGCAGGAGAUAAGAAGGAAGGAAGGAAGGAAGAAACGAAAUGGACAGUGAAGGGGCGGUGGUGGUAUUAUGGCUGAUGCUGAAGCUGGCGGCGGCCUCGUUUCUGGCGGCGGUGUUCGUCCUCAAGAUCGUGGUUCUCCUCUGGUGGAAGCCCAGGAGAAUUGAGGACCAUUUCUCGAAACAGGGCAUCCGCGGCCCGCCGUAUCGAUUCUUCAUCGGCAAUGUCAAGGAGCUCGUCGAGAUGAUGCUCAAGGCUUCCUCUCAGCCCAUGCCCACUUACUCCCACAACAUCCUGCCCCGCGUCCUCUCCUUCUACCACCAGUGGAAGAAAAUCUAUGGCUCGACAUUUCUGGUUUGGUUCGGACCCACGGCCCGGCUGACCGUAUCGGACCCGGACCUGAUCCGCGAGAUCUUCUCCUCCAAGGCCGAGUUCUACGAGAAGGUGGAAGCCCACCCGCUGGUCAAGCAGCUCGAAGGCGACGGCCUCCUCAGCCUCAAGGGCGAGAAAUGGGCUCACCACCGCAAAAUCAUCACCCCGACUUUCCACAUGGACAAUCUCAAGUUGUUGCUGCCGGUGGUGGCGGAGAGCGUGACCGGAAUGCUGGACAAGUGGACCCAGGCAAUGUCCAAUUCCGGCGAGGUCGAGGUCGAAGUCUCCGAGUGGUUUCAAAACCUGACGGAGGACGUCAUCACUCGAACCGCCUUCGGAAUUAGUUACGACGACGGCAAGGCCAUCUUCCAGCUUCAGGGCCAGCAGAUGCUCCUCGCCGCCGAAUCUUUCCAGAAAGUUUUCAUCCCCGGCUACCGGUUUUUCCCGACGAGGAGGAAUGUGAAUUCGUGGAAAUUCGACAAGGAAGUGAGGAAAUCGCUGACGAAGCUGAUCGACGUGCGGCGGGAGAGCUCUUCCUCUGCAACGGCGGCGUCUCCGGCGCCGGCGAAGGACUUGCUGGGCCUGAUGAUUGAAGCGUCGAAGUCCCGGCCGAACGACGUGACGCCAAACGACAUCGUAGAGGAGUGCAAAAGCUUCUUCUUCGCCGGCAAACAUACCACAUCCAAUCUGCUGACGUGGACAACCGUCCUUCUCGCUAUGCAUCCACGCUGGCAGGCGCUGGCACGUGACGAGCUCCUCCGGGUGUGCGGGUCACGUGACAUUCCCUCCAAAGAUGACCUCAUCAAACUCAAAACGCUGAGCAUGAUACUGAACGAGUCGUUGCGGCUGUACCCGCCGACGAUCGCGACGAUCCGGCGGACGAGGGCCGACGUCGAGCUGGGAGGUUACAAGGUGCCACGUGGGACCGAGCUGCUGAUCCCGAUCCUGGCCAUGCACCACGACCAGGCGGUGUGGGGCAACGACGUGAACGAGUUCAACCCGGGCCGGUUCGCGGACGGGGUGGCCCGGGCCGCCAAGCAUCCGGCGGCCUUCAUUCCGUUUGGGCUCGGGGCCCGCAGCUGCGUGGGCCAGAACCUGGCCAUCAUGCAGGCCAAGCUGACGCUGGCGAUGUUAAUCCGACGGUUCAGAUUCAAGCUGGCGCCGACGUACAAGCACGCGCCGACGGUGCUGAUGCUGCUCUACCCACAGUACGGCGCCCCCGUGAUCUUUGAGAAACUGGCCCCGUCGUCAUCGGAAUCGUUGCCGUCAUCGGAAUCGGAAUUGGUAUCCAGCGGUCGUCAUACUGUGUCGAUGUGAAAAAGAAAAAAAAAGCAAAAGGAUGGAAAAUUACAAAAUGAUACCCCAAGUAAUAUGGUAUACAUUUGCUAACCCCUACUGUUAAAAAAAAGUGAAAAAAUGGGAGGCUAUGGGUUUUUCUUUUUUGGGGUUUCUUGGGGCUUUUUAUUAUUAUUUGGGUUUUGAGGGUGAAACCCUGAUUUAGGAAUUGGGAUGAAGGAUGGCCAUGGUUUCCAUACCAUAGGAGGGAGAGUGUUUGCCUUGGUUGUAAUUUUAUUUUAUUCUUUUUGGUUAAUUUUUUGGGUUUAGGGUUUAGGAUCAUUUUAGGGGUAAUUAGCUAACAAGUAGGGUAGGAAAGAUCCUUAUGUUCAAUCUCUCUAUCUUAAUUUCUCAUGUGUAUGUAAUGUGUAUAUGUUCAAGAAUCCCGACACAGUUUUUUGUUCUAGCAUAGUAUCACAACUAAUCCUAAUAAUAUCGGUAUUACUAAAAGGGUUUAAGCACAA